AUGAACCAGCCGCCGCCGCAGCAAGCUGGCCCCGCGCAGGGCCAGCAGAUGCGCAUCCCCAUGUACCGGCCGGAGCAGAUGAGAACCCUCGAGAUCCUCUCCGACACCGACAAGGAGAAGUACGAGAAGGGCCUCCGCGGCCUGUACGAUACCAUGGAGAAGAACGCCCCGGACACGCCCCAGCACAUCGAGGCCAGGAAGAAGAUCAUAGAGUUCUCCCGCAUGGUCUUCAGCAAGGUCACCAACAUGCGCCGAGCCCAGGUUCAGGGAGGCCAGCCUGGCCAGCCCCAGAACCCUGCCCUCGCCGCUCAGCGUGCCGCCAUGGCUCAAGCCCAGGCCCAGGCGCAACAACAGCAACAGCAGCAACAGCAACAGCAACAGCAACAGAGAGCCGUGAACCCUGGCAAUCCCGCUGCGAAUGGCGGGACUCCCGCUGCUGGCGGUGCUCCGCGUCCGGCAGGACCUCCAGCCGGCCAGUCGGGCGUGACGCCGCAGCUUCUUCAACAUAUCAACUCUCUGAAGCUGGUGCCCCCUGCUCAGUUUGCCAACGAUCCCGAGAAGGCCCAAGCAUGGCGGCAAGGGAUCAAAGACAAGUAUAUUCGUGCUCUUCAAAUUAUGGAGUCGUCAAGCAAGCGGAUAGGACAGCUUCAAGCCAUCGCCAAGGACCGCCAGGCGAAGGGCAACCCCUUCUCUCCAGAGGAGCAACAGAAAUACCUCACCGAGAUCGAAAACUCGAAGAAGGCCCACGGCGAGGCCAAGCGAUUCGUAGAGAGCGUGAGGAACUCUUCACAACAGCAAGAGAGUGCUGCCCAACAACCCCGGCCCCAGCAGACUCCCAAUGCUGGAAACCCCAUGCAGGCGGCGACGGCUUCCGUCAACGCAGCCAUGGACGCAGCCAAGAACAUGCAGUCGGCAGCAGCUGCUCGUCCGGGCGUUCCUCAGACACCCAGCACAUCGGCGACAACAGCACCGGCGACCCAGGCGACGGCGCCUUCCACCCAGGCCCAACCCGCGGCUGCCCCGCAGGCCCAUGUUAAGAUCGAGCCCGGUACACACCCGCACCCUCCCCCGGUGAAUACUGCACUUGCAGCCGCUUCAAAUGCACAUAUGCCGUCGGCGGGUACUCCCACUCAGAAUUCGGCGCGUGUCCAGACCCCUCAGGCUGCAACACCAACAACUGCUGGGCCACCAGGCGCUGCCAGACCACUUACCCACCAGGCUGCGAUGCAGAUCGCAAACCACAGACAAUCGACAGGCUCCAUUCCGACUCUCAAUCAACCCGGAAGUGCAGGAGGUGCACCGGCUACUACGCCUGGAUCCGCUGGCAUCGCGCCGGGUGCAACACAACAAGGUCACCCACACGCGCACCCCACCCCCGCUGCAGGCGUCGCUGUCCAGAAGAUGCCCAUCCCAAAGCAGCUGCCCGAAAAAUUACAGCAGGUUCCUCAGCCUGUUGCGACUGGCGGCGGAGUUCCACCUGGUCGCCCGACUCUUGGAGGUGGCAUCGGUAUCAGCGGAGGCACCAUGAAUCAACCUCAAGUUCCCAAGAACCCGGCGUACUCGUUUGAGACCGAGGGUGAGCAUGUGAUGAACAAGAAGAAGCUGGAUGAGCUCGUCAGACAGGUGUGCGGCGGCGGUCCACCUGGACAAGAUGGCAACUACUUGACCCCAGACGUUGAAGAGUCCAUUCACCAGGUUGCUGAUAAUUUUAUUGACAAUGUCUGUCACAUGGCUGCCCGACUUGCCAAGGAGCGCGGGUCCAAGGUCCUCGAAACGCGCGACCUGCAGCUAGUGCUUGAGCGCGUCUACAACAUCCGCAUCCCCGGCCUCACAUCUGACGAGUUGCGCACCGUUCGCCGGCCGCAGCCCAACGCGGCUUGGAUCAACAAGGAGCCUCGUCCUGGUGCCGGCGCUCCUGGAGCUCGUGGCAAUCAGGCCAAAACCGCGGGCCCCGCCGUCGACAAGGCCCACGGCAUGGCUUUUCACAGAGUCCUGAAGAAUCCCAAAAGCCAGAAGGCAAAGGCACGUGCCGAUGCCCCCGUUGUCACUCCUGAUACGGCUGGUGAUUGCGAGGCGCCUGCCGUUGGGUCCACCGCCAUUCAAUCCGAGGUCAAUCGAUUUGGCACCGCUGGACGAGCUGGAGUUGCAGAUCCGUCAGCUUUUGGCCUGCGCAGUCCUCUACCGAUCACCUCUAGCUACACGACCACCGCCAGACCCCAGGCCCCGCAGCCUGCCCCCUUCUUCAACUCGAUUGCACCUGUGAGCCAAGGCCAGACCGCAGUGGAGUCUUCGAACAGCUUCAGCAACGUCUUUGCGCCAGCUGCUGGCUAUGAGCCCAUGGACACCAGCGGGCCUAUGCUUGGUCUUCAGUCUGAUUCUGCCCCCUCGGUUGGCCCUCCUGUAGCCUCCGGUCCGGUUGUCAACGUUUUCAACGGUGCAUACGCAUCAUCGGCCAAUGACAACACGGCGUACACUAACCUCGCACAUGGCGCAUGGCACACCGCGGCCGGCGCUACGACUGCUGCUGAGCCGGAAGACUCGGAAGAGGAGUAG